AAGCAGCAGAAGCAGCAAAACAAAAACAACAACCGCGAUUAUCAGCAGGAGCCGCAGAGUACGCCCGCAGUGGCGCCGCGAACGGUCGGGGGGGAGUUUCAGAAGAACCGCGAUAAUCCCUUCCGCGAUUUUCACGCCACGCACGGGGGCACGAGCGUGAUGGAACGCGAGUGCCAGAUGCGCCACCUCCUCGUGUCCACGAACAGCAGCCGGUUAGUGGGGCAUUUUCAAUCCAAGGAGUUUCACGAACAAAAGUCGGACCGCGGCUCGACGCGGAAAGGGAAAAAGAGGAACAACGGGGCCAGCACCGCGGACGGAAAGAGCUCGAUCGCCAGCUCGGAAAACACGAAAAUAUCAAAUGUAAAAAUAUAUGGGUCUGGAAGAGUCCGAACUUGUGAUGCUGCAUUUGGAUUCCAAAAAAAUCUGUAUUGCAUGACCAGCAAAGGGAAUGCAAUUUUGGCUACGCGGAGAAGGCAUUUGUCAUGCGGAAUAGGUAUCACGAAGCCCUGAAAAAGUCUGUGAUGCUAGGGCAUGCAUCACAGACAUCGUGGCCCAUGCAAAACGUGCAUGACAAGUCUCAGAAUCUUCCAGACCCAGACAUUUUUACAUUUGAUAGAAAAGCAGAAAGCGCAAGACUGGCGGUAGCUCUGCUGGUGAUAGAGGUUCUUCCUGCGCCGACAGUUACUCGGCCCCGGCGCUGCAGAAGCAGGCCGAAAUUAUCCUGCGCAAAAGCAUCGCUGCACUCGUGGAAAUCGUUGCAUGAACAAGUCUAAGUCAUGCGGCGUUUGACCAAUAUCUUUCCCAAACUCCUAAACCAUCAUUACAUAGAAACUCAGCUUUUCUUCUUGCCAAUAAACAGAAAAUAUUUUUUGUGAUGCUAGAAUUCGAAAAAUUCUCCCACCAGUACGAAGAUCCUUUUGCCAUGCAUGCACAUGAUGCAGCAGCAAUUGGAACAGAUGCACAAAACGUCUGCCGCUGGAGAUGAUCCCGGGACCACGAUGAAAGACUUGAUUAAUUCUGAGCUGCUGUCCUCGACUGCGAGCAGUUCCGGAAACGACGAGUCUUGCGAUGCCCGGGACCGGUACUCGACUUAUCAAGUGUAAAAAUGUCUGGGUUUGGAAGAUUCAUGCUGUUUUUGCAUGACACAGAAUGUCUGGCAUGGAAGCUCUAGCAUGACAGGUUUCGAGAAGCUUCCGCAAUGCCGAACCCGCAUGAGAAAUCCCCCAUUUUGGUGACAGAAAGUGGGCAGCUUUUGCUACCUAUGCAUGAGAGAUUUUUCUGUGUUCGAAAAUUCGCAUCACAAGUUCGGAUCCUUCCAGACCCAGACACUUUUGCAUUUGAUACGACUUUGGACCAGUCGAUUUUGGAAUACAUGGAACGGCAUGCGCGGAUCCAAUCGGCGAAGCAGGGAACGAGCAACUCGGUGGAGAGCGACAUCUACAAGAAGAUCGAGAACACCUUGAAACAGCAACGGCUGAUGGAGGAGCAGGUGCAGACCGACGGGACCAAGACGCGCGG